ACCUGGACUUCCAUAGCUGAACUCUCAAUCACAAAUAACAGUGUGACUUAAAUAUAAAAAUAAUGAAAUCCUUGGUGCUUGCUGUGAUUUUAAUCGCAGCUGCAGUUGCAUUAGCUGCCGACGAUAAAACAGAAAAAAAAGUCGAAGAGACCAAAGAUGUCAAAAAAGUGGAAGCCGAACCACUAAAAUCAGAAGAAUCCAAAAAACAAGAUAAACGUGGAUUAUUUGAUAUUGGUUCGCACCAUGGUGGUUUUGAGAGUUUAGAUUUGGGAAGCAGUGGUGGUCACUUUGGUGGUGGCCAUUCAUUUGGCUCAGAUUUUGGUGGUAGUUAUGGCGGUGGUUAUGGCCAUGGUUUCGGUGGCGGUCUUGAAGAGCAUCACUCAAAAACUGUGACUGUUGUCAAGAAUGUACCGGUCCCAUAUCCAGUUGAAAAAACUAUCCAUGUACCAAUUGAAAAGCAUGUACCAUACCCAGUGAAAGUACCAGUACCACAUCCAUAUCCAGUUGAGAAGAAAGUUCCAUAUCCAGUAAAAGUACCAGUGAAAGUACCAGUACCAGUACCACAUCCAUACCCAGUUGAAAAAACAAUCCACUAUCCAGUAAAAGUACCAGUCGAUAACCCAGUUCCAGUUAAAGUAUACGUUCCACAACCUUACCCAGUUGAAAAGAAAAUCCCAUAUCCAGUAAAAGUACCAGUUCCACACCCAUAUCCAGUAGAAAAAGAAGUACCAUACCCAGUUGAAGUUAAAGUACCAGUACCAAAACCAUACCCAGUUAUCAAACAUGUACCAGUUGAAGUAAAAGUACCAUAUGACAAUCCAGUUCCAUAUCAUGUACCAAAACCAUACCCAGUUCAUAUUGAAAAGAAAGUACCAGUACCAGUCGAAAAAAUUGUACCAUAUCCAGUAAAAGUACCAGUAGAUCAUCCAGUACCAUAUCCAGUUGAAAAACCAGUACCUUAUCCAGUUAAAGUACCUGUACCACAUCCAUACCCAGUUGAAAAGACUGUACAUGUCCCAGUAGAAAAAGUUGUACAUUACCCAGUUAAAGUACCAGUUGAUAAUCCAGUACCAUAUGAAGUAGUGAAACAUGUUCCUUAUCCAGUUGAAAAGAAAGUACCUUAUCCAGUCAAAGUACCUGUACCAGUUUAUGUAAAAGAAUCUCAUGGAUACGGCCAUGGUGGUGGUAGCUAUGGAAGUUUUGGAUCAUCAGGCAGUGGUGGAUUCAGCAGUUAUCAUCAUUAAAUAAAGAUCUUUUUAUUAAAAAAAAAAAGUAUAAAUCCUUAUACUCUGUGAUUUUCUAGCUCAAUAAUUUUUUUUUAU